CCCAGAUUUAAUUGAGUAGGGAUACAUUUGUCCACUCCACUUCUGUUAAAAAAUCGAUGCGCAGGGCCUUAAUAGAGGCACGCCCGAGCAGGAGCGUUCAAUACACCACCCCAGCUCUCCAUGUCGCCUCAGGCGCUUCACAAAUCAAAACCCUAGCCCGCUUUCCAACUCUUCGACUUCUCCAUACCCUUCGUUAUAAACUCGCCAAUCCACACCGUGAAACUACCUCCCCGACGAUCUUUAUCGGAAUUCAUCACCCAACAUUGUCGUACCUCUAGAAAUGGAGAUCUGCACACGAGCUAUAUCCAAUCUUCCUAAGCCUGGCCGUCUGUUCACUCCUUAUUACAGUCGCCUUUCGUGGACAAAGAACUCUUCGAAAUUCUGCUUUAAUCCAGGAGUCCUCCAACACAGCAUUUCAUCUAUCAGAUUUGUUCAAUCGGAAGAAACAUCUGGCUUUACUAGUCAAUAUCAAUUUGUGAAGGCUGAACGGGAUGACUUUCUAAGUACUGAAGAUUCUCUAUCAGUUGAUCAGAUUAAUGCCCUUGAUUCUGUGCAGAACAAAGCACUUCAACCAGAGGUUAACUAUGAAAAUAUAACCACGGAUGAGAAUGCAGAAGACAAUCCUCUUUCUGAAAUCCAAGCACAACUGUCCAUCCUUCUUAAAGAGCUUGAUAUAGAGUAUGAUCCUGAAAACUUGUCCACUCUUGUUGCACUUGGCGGAGGAGCUGCAGUUGCUCUUUGGAUGAUGAAUGCUGUUGUUGGUGCUAUCGAUUCAAUUCCUCUAUUCCCAAAAUUGAUGGAAGUUAUUGGUCUCGGCUAUACACUCUGGUUCAGUACCCGCUACCUGCUUCUUAAGGAUACCAGAGAUGAGUUGGCUUUGAAGAUUGAAGAGAUCAAGAAACAAGUGAUAGGCUCGGGCAGAGGUUGAACACUUGGUUGAGGUUGUCAUACUAAAAAGGACAAUGUGGUGUUACACAAGCCAGGAAAGGGAUAUCGCUAUAUUUAAUUGAUUGUUUCGUAAAAUGUUGUCUGAUGACUGAUGCUGAUCAACAAGUUGAAAAGGGAUGUAUAUUUCACAAUGUUAUAGUGAUGAUUGAAGGAGCGCAUCUGUAUUUAUUCUUUUGUUUUAAUUACUAACCGUUAGGGGUGGAUCUGGGCGGUUUGGUGCUGCUCUUUGGUAAAACAUAUAAAGACCUGAGACCGGCGUCUGCGCCACAAGACUGAAAUACAACUACACUCACAAACUUAUCUUUUUCUCGGGAUUAUUUUCUCGCAAAAUGAAAAGGGUCAAAUCAC